AUGACCACCUCAACCGAGAGUCCGCCCGAGCUGGCUUCGGAGGCUACUGUGACUCCCACCGCGGCCACCUCGGCCACCGCGCAAGACCACACCCAAGAGCAAGCGACCUCAAACACAGAGUCCACGCCCGCGAAGACACAAUUGAAGCCAGAAGUGGCUGAAAACGACGACGAAGACUCCGAUUUUGAUGAGCUAGAUGAUGUUCUCGAUGAUUUCUCCAAACCCAAACCCGAACCAACUCCCGCAGUACAGCCCGCCGCAAUCCCCGAUGCAUCAACAGGCAUUGCACCACCCGACUUCGACGAAGAUGCCUUCCUCAAGCAGCUCGAACAAGAAAUGGCCAACAUGAUGUCCGGCGGCGCAAACGCACCCAACACAGACCCCAACGUCCAAUCUACGGUCGACCAAGGCGCCGAGAUGUUCGCGAAACAGCUCGAGGAGAGCGGAGUCCCACCAGGUGAUUUCCUCAAACAGCUUCUUGCCGACGUUAUGGCCGAGCAAGGUGGCGCGGAACCAGGCGCUUCCCUCGAGAGUCUUACAGCCGCAGCUGGAGCUUCUAACAAUGGCUCCUCCGCGGCUGGCCCCGGCCCGGCUGCAUCCAGCGAGCAACCGGCGGACUCGUUCAACGAGGCAAUCCAGCGCACGAUGGGCCGCAUGAAAGAGAGCGGCGAUAAAGCCACGGCUGCCGCUAGUAAUGAGGAUGAUAUCUCGGACGAUAUGAUUGCGCAGCUAUUGAAGGCUGUUGAAGCUGGUGCGGAUGGUGCGGGCGAGGACGGCGAUUUGUCGAAGAUGUUUAUGGGGAUGAUGGAACAGCUUUCGAAUAAGGAGAUGCUGUACGAGCCGAUGAAGGAACUGGAUGUGAAGUUCGGGCCGUGGCUUGAGAAGAACAAGAACGGUGGAAGCGUCCCUGCUGAGGAUAUGGAGCGGUUCGUGAAGCAGGCGGAGAUUGUCAAGCAGAUUGUAGGCAAGUUUGAGGAGAGGGGCUAUUCCGAUGAUGAUCCCAAGUGUCGCGAGUAUGUGUGGGAGCGGAUGCAGGAGAUGCAAGCAGCUGGUAGCCCGCCCGAGGAACUCGUUUCGAAUCCGCUCAUGGGGGAUCUGGGAGGUGCCGCCGCUGGAGCUGGAGUGCCUGAUUGCCCGCAGCAGUAA